AAUGCCUGAUCCUUAACCCACUGGCAAGGCCAGGGAUCAAACCUGUGUCCUCAUAGAUGCUAGUCAGAUUCAUUUCCACUGAGCCAUGACAGGAACUCUGCAGCUAUUUUCUUUAUAUAUCUAACUGCAAAGUCAAAAUUAUGGCCUAAAAUGAGUAACCUCAAUUACUUAACUCAAUAAAAGUUAACAAAACCAGGAAAAAUACAAAUGUGAUCAGAUAUAAUUCUUGCCCAUGGUCACUUAGAACAUUAUAGGCUGUGUAAGACUUGUGCUGAAUGAGGAAGUGAGUUUUAGUGAUGGUUCUGUGAAAGAAAUGCAAAUGUUAGUGAAUGUUGAAUAAUAGCAUUCAGAUAUUAAGAAAAGAAAUCAUUAUCUAGUCUUUACUUUUUCCAUUAUUUUGGGAUACCAUGUAGCAGUGGGGUUUUUUUGUGCCGUUACCAAAUAGAGUGACAUUAGUAAGACAAAAGACUCUUUGAGUGUCCUUUCUUUAGAAACUGGGAAGAAAGGUGACUAAAAUAUGUGUUUCCCUUAUAAAGUUGUCUGUGAAAAUGUAUACCUCCUUGGGGACUUAGAUAUCUUUGAGGAAUACUGCUCAUUCUUCAGUCUGUGUAUUUAUUUCUAAAUUCUGCACUGCUUCAGAAAUCCUACACUUGACUCAUGCCAAUUAUUGGUUUGUCUUUUUUAAUUUUAAUUACAAAGUCUUUCAAAUCCAGUUAUUAUUAUCACUCAUGAUAAUAAUUAAAAAUCCAAUUAUUAUUAUUACACAUCUUUCAACCCCAAUAAUUAUAAUACUUAUUCUUGCAUUUCUAUUAUAAAUUAUACAGCAGUAAACAGAAUAAAAGGUCAAAACAUUCCCACUUUCUCCUUCAGUUCUACCUCCAGAAAUAAUUUCUGCUAAUAGUUUAGUGUGUACCUUUCCAUUGUUUUCACUAUUUUUAUUUAAGCAUAAACGCUGAUAGUGUUAGAGAUGCAUUUAAUAUAUACGGGGUAUUACAAAAUCUAUAAAGCGUGUAAUUUUUUACCAAAUUAGAAUUAUGCUCUGUGGUGCUGUUUUUUAGUUUGCUUAUCAUAAUUUUUCAGUAAAUAAUAAUUUGCCAUCACUUUUGAUAUUUUGAUGUUAUAAGCAACUAUUAUCUUAUUUAGUGUAACAAGCCUAUAAGGAAAUGCAAAUGAUGUGACGUUCUCUGUAGGAAACUCUAUUUUUGCCCCAGACCAAUAAAAGUUGAUCAAGUCUAUAAUUGAUUCCUCCUGAGUUAUUUUUAAAAGGUUGAAUUAUUUGGGAAAAAAUAGGAUUUCUAGGUAAGACACUCAGGUUAUCAAGUAACUCUACCAUUUAAUUAAGGCCAUAUAUGCAGAAGCAAGAAUGUAUUUUCAAGCAGACAGAUUCUCAUUGCAAGUACAACUGAGCAGCAAUGAUUCUACCUUACAGCAGAAAGAAAAGAUUUUAUGUACAUUUUCUAGACAGGUAGUCCCCCAUUUCAGGGGUGUAGAGAUAGCUGUAUGUAUUUAAUUAUUUUACCAGGCUUAAAGGGAACGUGUUUGAAGUAGUAACAGUCACAAGAGUUGGCUCAAAAGCAUUUUGAGAAAGUGAAAUAUUUCAAAAAGAGGUGAUGGACUCAGUACUUAGGCUAUGCCUCGAUAUAAUGAAGUACAUAAUAAUCAUUCAGUGAAUGUAAUUGGAGCACUCAUGACCUUUGCUUGUUUCUAUUGGGAAUUAAAAUAAGAAUAAGAUAUAGUUGGAUCAAGGACUUUAAACUUCUAGAGAUGCUUUUACCUACAUUAUUUCUUAGCAGCUGUGAUGGAGAGUGGACACUGCUGUAAAGAAAUGAAGCUCAGGUGUAAUAAAUAACAGGCAGCCCGUAAGUGAUGAAACCAGAAUUGGAAGGAGGCUAUCACCUCAGAGCCUACAUAGGAAGGACAGAAAAGUCUUGACUGCAGAGGUCUAGCAUGACCCCAUCCCGUGCCCAUACAGAAAGUGCUAAUCAGGAUUUCCUGUCGUGGUGCAGCGGUUAACGAAUCCGACUAGGAACCAUGAGGUUGCAGGUUCGAUCCCUGGCCUUGCUCAGUGGGUUAAGGGUCCGGCGUUGCCAUGAGCUGUGGUGUAGGUCGCAGAUGAGGCUUGGAUCCUGCAUUGCUGUGGCUCUGGUGUAGGCCAGUGGCUACAGCUCCGAUUCGACCCCUAGCCUGGGAACCUCCACAUGCUAUGUGAGUGGCCCUAGAAAAGGCAAUAAGACCAAAAAAAAAAAAAGAAAGUGCUAAUCAGUCUCCAACUUUUCCUGCUCAGUUCAGAGACAGCUUUAUAUUCCCCUUCUAGAUGUAGCACUCACUGGUUUUGGUCUUCACCCCCUGUUUGCCAAUUCUGUCCUGAGCUCUUUCUUUUCUACCUUGUUGCUUCUCAAGAACACACAGUUUAUGUCAGAACCACAAACAUUUCUAGUGCAGUUAUUCUGAUGUCAGCAUGGGGAGUUCAGGGUAAACAGGAUACAGUUAUUUUCCAGUAGGGCAGAGAGACACAUAUGAAGGUAAUUACAACGUAUUGUGGAAGCUGCGAAAGUAGAACAAUGCCCAGGAAGGACAAGGGGAGGCCCUGGUCUGGCCUGGACUUCAAGGAAGACUUCCUAAAGAAGAUGGUGGGAAAUGAAGGAUCCAGUAAAAAUCAGCCAGGUGAAGGGUGGGAAGAUCAAGAAACCAGCAUGCACCAAACUAGGUUGUGAGUCACCUUGAGCCUUUGGGGAGCUGCUCGAAGAUUGAUAUUGCUAGAACAAGGGGGAUUAGGCCUGGGUUUAGACUCUGAGUUAUGUUGAAGGGGUUGGCAUUUAUUUGCUGAUGUUUAUAAGAAGCCAUUUAAAGGUUUUAUUGAGGAAGUGACCUAGCAGAUGUCGACCAUAGAGAGAUUACUCAGGCUUCGGUGCAGUGACUGGGUUGGUAAAGAGGAUGGAAAGUGGGAAUGCCAAUUUGGUAUCCAUCAGACUGAUAGUUUUCCAACCUUUAAAGAGCAGCAAAAGCCUUAAAAAACAUAUACACUGAAAUUUACUAAAUAUAGGAGACAGAAAAAGAGGAACCUUAGGUCUUCUGGUAGAAACUUUGAAAACUAUUGAUCUAGAUGUAGAUGAAGGGAGAAUGAAGUGGCAGCAUUGAUCUAACAUGGCAGAGAUCAAUGGAGAGAUUUGUGAUGUGUACAAGAGGAAAAAUCAGAUGUGGAUGAUUGGUUGGGUGCCAGUGACUGAGAAAGAAAAUCAUUUCCAACAUGACAACAACAUUUAUUGAUACCAUGGACCAGGCAUGUAUGGAAGCCCUGUGCUGAACACUCUACAUGAAUUAUGUAAUUUUUAUAACAACCCUGUAAGAGAGAUGCUCCCAUUAACUUCAAUUUACAGAUGAAGAAACAGACUAAAGAAGCUAGGCAUAAAACUGAGCUAAGAGUAUUAUCAGACCUGUCUGUUUGUAUUGCCCAAGAAGAGCUUAUUGGGAGUGAAAAAUAACAGACCAGGAAUGGAAUCAUGGGGGACCCCAAGUUUUAAGUGCUAAAGAGAGGAAGAGAUUUAAAAAGAAGAAUCAGAACCAGGAUAGAGUGGUGUCACUGAUGCCAAAAGAAUAAAGAGUUCUAGGGAGUGUUUUGUCAACAACGAAUAUUAUAAUAAGAUAACGAUGGAGAAAUGGCCCAUAAAAUUUGCCUAUAUUGAAACAUUAGCAACUUGAUGAAAGUAGUUUAAACGGAGUAAUGAGUAUUGAAGUUAGAUAAUAAUGGAACUAGGAGUGAGAGAAAUUGAGGUUGUUGAGUCUGAGAGUAUGGGUGGCUCUUCUACACAUUUACCUGAGGAAAUGGAUGGAGCAGUGUUUGGGGGAGAUAGCUGGAGUGGUUAUUUUCGGAUCAGAGAAUCUUAAGUAUAUUUAUAUGGAGAAGAUAGUGUUACUGGAGAGGAUCGAGUAGUGGAGACAGUCUCAGGACUCACUGGGCCUGGAGUGGAGCUGGAAUGGCGCUGCCUUCAGCAGAAGGAAGGGCACCAAUGGUUUGAAACUGCAGGAAGCAAGAAAGGAAAAAUGCAGAAGGUAGUUGAUUUAUGCUAUGGGUCUCCAACCUGAGGAUCCUCCCACCAAUGCCCCUGGUUACUUAGUGAACAGAGCAGAGUCAUAUGCUCAGAGUGAUGAAAUGCAGUUGGUUAGCAGCUUUCAAGAGAUGAUUGAAGAAGUGGAAUGAGUGCUGUGAAAUGAGGGAGAAGGAGCCAGUCAAGACAAGAACAAGGAAUUGUGGGCAACAUUGUAGAGUCAUCUGAAAGCAGGGACUGGAGAUAUAUGAGUUUCUUCUCCAAGGAAUUCAUAACCUAGAGAAAGUUAUAUCUAACCCUCCCCAGCACCCUGGACCCCUCCUUUCUUUGGAGAUGCUUCUAUUAAUGGCGGGUGCUAUUGGCAUUCUCUGUUUUGUCUUUUCCUUCUAAAUUUCUUUAGAAAUACACAAAGGACACACAGGGUCCAUCUCUCGAUAUUAGAUGAUGGUUGGUCAUAUUCCGCAUUGUAAACAGCACAAUGGGUACAAUCAAAGAGCGCUUAGAUCUAGGUGAAACUUUAAGAAUGCAAAGCAAUUAGUAGGCUGAUAAUAAUUUUACUUCCGUUACCUACUGCAGGAUUCUCCACACUACUUGCCGGGGAACAUAAGUGUCUUGUGAAAUUAAUAGGUGCUCCAUGAGAGCAAAGUUUUCCUAGGUCAAAAAAAUUAAAACAUCAUUGUAUACAGUCUCAAGAGACUCACUAAAUGUUAGCUUAUAAAUGGCUCUGAGAAGUCCUGCUGGAUUGUCGUUUGUUUUAACUUUGUGUAACCCAGUUGAACAUGGUUAAGAAAAAAAUGAUUGCAUAUUUGGAAUAUGACUAUCAUGCGCUGAAAGCACCUGAUCAUAUCAAUGACCAGUAAAUUGGGUCUGGUGGGGACUUGAGUCUGAUGGGCCGUCAGUGGAGACUGCUGGUCAGAAAGCCUUACAUCCUCAGCGUGGAUGGCAAUAUUAGCUUAUGGUUAAUGGUUUGAGUUAAUUAAGGCUGAUGUUGCUUCCCUGAGGCUCUUACAUGCCACUAGAGUCCUUGGAAUCCCACUGCAGUCCCUGAGUCUGGGAUGUCACUUCCAAGGGGCUACUUGAGGGGCUUGUGGGAACUCUAACUGAAUGUACCCCCAGACUACUGAGGAGCUGAGAGAGGUCACUAUAAAAUCCCACAGCCAACUGAACUCGAGACAGGGCCCUGAAGUGAGGAAACACAUAACCGGAAGCCACUGAACAAUAACAUCUUGGGCACGCACACAUUACGUCCUGAGAUCCAUGUUGGGAUCUGGGCACGCAUGCUACAGCCUGGGCAAGCACGCAAGCUACGUCCUGAGGACGCACACAUUACGACUUUAGACCCAUAUUGCGACCUGGGCACGCACGCUACGUCCUCAGCAUGCACACAUUACGCCCUGAGACCCAUGUUGCAUCCUGGGCAGGCACGUACCUACGUCCUGGGCACGCGCACAUUACGUCCUGGAUCCCAUGUUGCGUCCCCGGGCACGCACGCCAAGUGGAGCUUGCGUGUUCUGUCCUGAGGGAGCAUGUUACGUUUCCUGUCAGCUUCAGGCGCUGUUGGAAAGCCUCUUGAAAAUUUGACGGUGAGAACAUGUAUAUGAGCAUGACAGAGCCGAGCCAGGACUAUGUGCCAGCCAGCCAGUCCUAUCCUGGCCCAAGCCUGGAAAGCGAAGACUUUAACAUUCCACCUAUCACUCCUCCUUCCCUCCCCGACCACUCGCUGGUGCACCUGAAUGAGGUCGAACCUGGUUACCACUCUCUGUGUCACCCAAUGAACCAUAAUGGCCUGCUACCGUUUCAUCCACAAAACAUGGACCUACCUGAAAUCACCGUCUCCAAUAUGCUGGGACAGGACGGAGCACUGCUUCCCAACCCCAUUUCUGUGAUGCAAGAUAUACGGAACCCAGAAGGAACUCAGUAUAGCUCCCAUCCUACAAUGGCAACCAUGAGACCAAGGGGCCAGCCUGCAGACAUCAGGCAGCAGGCAGGAAUGAUGCAGCACGGCCAGCUGACCACCAUCAACCAGUCCCAGCUAAGCGCUCAGCUGGGCUUGAACAUGGCAGGAAGCAAUGUCCCCCACAGCUCACCUUCUCCUCCAGGAAGCAAGUCUGCCACUCCUUCACCAUCCAGUUCUGUGCACGAAGAUGAAGGUGAUGAGACCUCUAAGAUCAAUGGUGGAGAGAAGCGACCUGCCUCUGAUAUGGGGAAAAAACCAAAAACCCCCAAAAAGAAGAAGAAGAAGGACCCUAAUGAGCCCCAGAAGCCUGUGUCUGCCUACGCAUUAUUCUUUCGUGAUACUCAGGCUGCCAUCAAGGGCCAAAAUCCAAAUGCUACCUUUGGUGAAGUCUCUAAAAUUGUGGCUUCGAUGUGGGAUGGUUUAGGAGAAGAGCAAAAACAGGUCUAUAAAAAGAAAACAGAGGCUGCAAAGAAGGAGUAUCUGAAGCAACUAGCAGCGUACAGAGCCAGCCUUGUAUCCAAGAGCUACAGCGAGCCUGUCGACGUGAAGACAUCUCAGCCUCCGCAGCUGAUCAAUUCCAAGCCACCAUCAGUGUUCCCUGGGCCCAGCCAGGCCCACUCAGCUCUGUACCUAAGCUCUCACUAUCACCAACAACCAGGAAUGAACCCCCACCUAACCGCCAUGCACCCCAGUCUCCCCAGGAGCAUAGCCCCCAAGGCCAAUAACCAAAUGCCAGUGACUGUCUCUAUAGCAAACAUGGCCGUGUCCCCUCCUCCCCCGCUCCAGAUCAGCCCGCCUCUGCACCAGCAUCUCAGCGUGCAGCAGCACCAGCCACUCAGCAUGCAGCAGCCCCUCGGGAGCCAGCUGCCCAUGCAGGUCCAGCCCGCCUUACACUCCCCCACAGUGCAGCAGGGAUUUAAUCUUCAACCUGACUACCAGACCAUAAUCAAUCCUACAUCUACAGCUGCACAAGUGGUCACCCAGGCCAUGGAGUAUGUGCGUUCUGGGUGCAGAAAUCCUCCUGCCCAGCCAGUGGACUGGAGUAACGACUACUGCAGUAGUGGGGGCAUGCAGAGGGACAAAGCACUGUACCUUACCUGAGAAUCUGAACACCUCUUCUUUCCACUGAGGAAUUCAGGGAAGUCUUUUCACCGUGGGUUACUUUGUACAGUCAAGGCAGUUCUCCAUUUUCUUAGAAAAAUGCAAGUUGCUAAGCACUUAGGACCAUUUGAGCUUGUGGGUCACCCACUCUGGAAGAAAUAGUCAUGCUUCUUUAUUAUUUUUUUAAUCCUUUAUGGACAUUGUUUUUCUUCUUCCCUGAAGGCAAUCUGGACCAUUCAGAUUUUAUGUUGGUUUUUUGCUGUGAAGUGCUGCGCUAUAGUAACUGCCUUAGCAACUGUAGAUGUCUCGGAUAAAAGUCCUGGAUUUUCCAUUGGUUUUCAUAAUGGGUGUUUAUAUAAAACUACUAAAGACUUUUUAAAUGGCUUGAUGUAGCAGUCAUAGCAAGUUUGUAAAUAGCAUCUAUGUCACACUCUCCUAGAGUAUAAAAUGUGAAUGUUUUUGUAGCUAAAUUGUGAUUUGAAACUGGCUCAUUCCAGUUUAUUGAUUUCACAAUAGGGGUUAAAUUGGCAAACAUUCAUAUUUUUACUUCAUUUUUAAAACAACUGACUAAUAGUUCUAUAUUUUCAAAAUAUUUGGAAAAAAAAAGUAUUCCCAAAUGAUUUUAAUUUAAAAACAAAUUGGCUUUGUCUCAUUGAUCAGACAAAAAGAAACUAGUAUGAAGGGAAGCGCAAACACGUUUAUUUUGUACUGCAGAAAAAUUGCUUUUUUGUAUCACUUUUUGUGUAAUGGUUAGUAAUUGUCAUUUAAGUCCUUUUAUGUAUAAAACUGCCAAAUGCUUACCUGGUAUUUUAUUAGAUGCAGAAACAGAUUGGAAACAGCUAAAUUAUAACCUUUACAUACAGCUCUGUAUUAUGGUUUCUUCAUACUGUGUCUGUAUUUAAUCUUUUUUUAUGGAAUCUGUUGCGCCUAUUUAUGAAAUAAUAAAUAUAGGUGUUUGUAAGUAAAUUUGUUAGUAUUUGAAAGAGAUUUCUUUGAUGUUUUAAUUUUUGCUGGCAAAAAAAAAAAUUCACGCUUGGUGUGAAUACUUUAAUAUUUAGUUUUUACAGUGACUAAAGCCAAACCUACUUUUCAUUUUAGCAGCAAAUUAAAGUCAGCAACCCUUAUUUCUACAACUUAACGCAGACGAAAACCUGUGAUAUUUAAGAACUUUCUUUCUUCGUACAAUAGAGCAGAGAAUUGCCCUAAAAGUUGCACAGGCUCCAAGACUAAACAGAUGGGUGCUCCAUCGGAAAGAAAAAGGCGGCUUCUUGGUUCUCAGCUGGUUUCAGUCAAUUCUGUAAAGUCCCUCCCCCCCAAAGAAAAAUUUAAAGUCAAGUCAAUCAAAAUUCCUCAGGCUGCACGCUUUUCACAAAACGCAGAAAACAUUUAGGAAUUAAUUAAACCAGGGGUGGGAGGAAGAGAAGGGGAAGUGAACUGUCAAGGGUGUUUCUGAAAUGAAAGGUGAGUAACCAGACAGCAAAGAAGGAGGGGAAGAAUCCCCCAUUGACAAGCUGUUGAUAGAAAUCGAGGUUCAUGCUGUCCUCUCUGCCUCUACAAACUACUCUCUUUCCAGAAUUCCUAGGUCUCCAAGAGAAUUCUGAUGGUACUAGAGAUUUGCUAAAGAACCAAAACAUUGAUUAUCUGGCUGAAGGUAGGCAUAGCUUUUACAUCAAAAAGAGCAGAUCACUUCCUUACAGGGAGUUAUAUCAGAAAGCUAGCCUGGUUGGAAAUCAGAGAAUGGCUGAUGUCUCUUUCAUGGAAUGUGUGAAAUAAGCUUAGCAAUUUAACUAAAUACAAAUAUAUGCAUUGUAUAAUCCAGUCAGAAUUAAAAAGACAAAAGGUAUGCUUGCUUUGGAAUGAUUUUAGGCAUUGUACAACCUUGAAUCAGUUAAGCAUGUAAUAACUAAUAAAUAAUGCAGAUCCGAUGUGAUUAUUAAAAUGACUGUAGCUGAGAGCUCUAAUUUUCCUGUCUUGAAACUGUAUAAGAACUCAUGUGAUUAAGUUCACAGUUUAUUGUUUGUCUGUUUAGUAUUUUAGAAAUAUACCAGCACUACUAAUUACCUAAUGUCUUUUAUUUAUUAUAUUAUGAUAAAGUACCAUUUUCACUUGUGUUAAGUCUAAAUGGAGAAGGUAAUUACUGGGAUGAGAACAGCCAGCUUUGACUUUGACAGGUGGGUUGUACAGGAAAGUACAAUGUUGUUUACAGUUUUUCUAGAGCAGGUGUGCAACCAGGGUAGGGAGAGUGUUGAAACUUGAUACCAAAAACAGUUUAAAAAAAAAAUAAAUGUAAAUAAAAGAAAAUACAUCGUAAACAAAAAUUCUCACCAUGUGCAACCGUGUUCUAUUUGGAUAUCCAUCCGUCUCUGAAAGACAGACCCAGCGAGAUGAGCGAUCCCAAAUAAAUUUCCCGGCAGAAGUGAUCUGGCACAGAAGGGGUGAACGGCUACCCCAGCCACUGGCCUUCCUUCCCGGAAAAACUGAGAAUGCCCUCUGGCAGGUGUUACUAGAGAAAUCCUCCACUUGUAAGGAAGCCAGAAUCCAGCCUGGGCCCGCAGCUCGUCGCUUGUAACGCUAAGGAACGGCCACGGUGUAGCAAGUUCCCCGCUGAGUAGCCCUGGGCAGGAUUCUGAGCCCUCCGACAAAGGCAUUCUGGGAGAUUCGGCAACAAUACCGAGCAUGGAAUAUCUUUCCCGACACACCAAAAUCAAAAUUAUAACUUAUUAGAAAAGAAAAAGGAAAAACCACAUGACAGCGGCUAGGAGAAGGUUGAGUUCUCUCUCCAGCAUAUGCAAGAACGUAUCAUAUUCAAAAUCCCAAAUUCCCAUUCUAAUGUGAAUGAGUUGACAAUAGAAAAUCAGUCAAAUAAUGACUUCGAGUUAAUCAAAUUGGCGCAUAUAGCCAAGGAUGAAGACUGGUCUCUGUGAUGUUUUCCCCUUGUUGCCUUAAAGGGCAGGAACUCCUUCUGAAUGAGACAUGAGUCCUCCAUCAGCGGUCAUGGCAGCAAAGAACUGUGUGUCCUGACUCACAUUCAUUACUAAGACUUUUUUUUAAUCUUUUUUUCUGGAGCCACACCCGCGUCACAUGGAAGUUCCCAGGCUUAGGGGUUGAAUCUGAGCUAUGCUGCUGGCCUACACCACAGCCAUGGCAACUCUGAUCCUUAACCCACGGAGCGAGGUCAGGGCUUGGACCUGCGUCCUCAUGGAUACCACUGAGCCACAACAGGAAUGCCAAGAAAUUUUUUAAAUGUAUAAAUUCAGAAUUAAAGUAAGCACAUCAACAGCCAAUUUAUCUUUCCUGUGGACUUCUUGCCUUUUGCAAAAGACGUCCCACACGUUUGAAAGGUAAUUCAAUUGAGCCGUCGGAAAUUGCCUAUCUAGGACCCUUUUACCUACAAAAAUGGCAAGUUUAUAUGGUUCCACCUAAUAUGGAACAGUGAGACAUUGAGAUUUGGGCCAGAGCAUCAAUGUAAUUUCAAAUGGAAUUAGAAGUUCUUUACAAAGCCCGAAGAGAAAACACUCAAGGAAGUAAUCAGCUAUGUUUGUUUACAAGGUACCUCACUUCCAAUCAGUUCCAGAAAGCUACAUUCUGUUAAACAGAGGGUAUUUUAAAUUACCAAAAUCCAGGAAACCCCAAUAAACAUCCUAUUUCUUUGUCAUAGAAAAACAAAAUGUAUGUGGAGGAGUUCCCAUAGUGGGACAGCAGAAGCGAAUCCAACAAAGAACCACGAGGUUGCGGUUCCAUCCCCGGCCUCGCUCAGUGGGUUAAGGAUCCAGCAUUGCCGUCAGCUGUGGUGUAGGUCGAAGACACAGCUCUGAUCUGGCGUGGCUGUGGCUGUGGUGUAGGCCAGCAGCUGGACCCCUAGCCUGGGAACCUCCAUAUGCUGCAGGUUUGACCUUAAAAAGCAAAAAAAAAAAAAAAGAAUUAUGUGGAAAUUUUUAAUAAACAGAUUAUCUGCUGAAACAUGAAAGUUUUUGUUGCACAUAGACAGUCUCUUAAUGUUUAUUUGUUGAGGGGGAUUUGAUCUGCAUUUCCUUAUUCCAUUCAUAACUCCUGUUUUAAGGUAACUAUAGACACACAGAGAAAUUCUCCUCUUUUGCUGAUCAUUGAACACUGAAAUAAUGGCAAGGCAAGAACUCACAUCGUAAGUUUAACCCCCAACAUUUACUACCCUGAAUCACCUAUUGGAUGAAUUUAUGUGGGGUCACCCAACAGUACAAAUCUGUUUCCGUAAAGCAGAAUAAUUUCUUUACCUCCAAAGCAACUUGGAAUGUCACAGCAUAUAGUAGGUGCAUAAUAAAUGCAUUGAUCUGUAGAAUAUCAUAUUCAUAUCAACAGCAAUUCUGUGAUGCUUUUUUGUUCAUUCAAAAGCUCUUUAAACAUCAAAGGCAAUUAAAUAUUGCAGACAACCAUUGGGAGGUGAAGAAGAAUGGAAAUGUUUCAUGAAGAAACCUAAGAUUACAGAAAGACUAAAAGAAAGAAUUUCAGAAUGAGUUAUGCCGGAUUCUUUUGGGCUACAUAAUUGAACAAGAGUUUCUAGUUACAAAAGUAAAAGAUGGAACAUACACUAGUCACAUUGAGCAAAUGAGAAGCCAAGGAGAAAAAAGGUGUCAGACAAGUAGGAGUGUUGAGCGCGGAGAGAAAUUUCAGGAGCCAAGUUUAUAGAAGGCUAAAUUAAAACAUUGAUGAACAGGAUGCUGGGUUGUUUUUCUAAUUACCAAGUGCCAGUAUGACUUGAUGAAACAAAUAAAAGGCCCUAUGUCCCGGGCUCUACUUCAAUGACACCAGGAUAAAGAGAAAUGGGCCUUUUUUAAAUGAUGCUCAAUGGAGGAUUUCUAGGUGUAUUUGGAGCCGGGUCCCAACGUGGAAGCGCCUUCUCUAACAGACGAGCUUCCAAAUCCCUACGUAAGACUAUUGCUGGUAGAAAGGGCAGGGGGGGUCGUCUGACCUCAGGGUCUCAAAGGAGGAAGGGGGGGAAUGGCCGGAGGGGUGAGCACCUUCCCAACACAUGUUCCGAAACACCUGUGUCCACAGAGACGUGAGACUCUGUUUUCUCUUUUCUUACUCAGCCAUCAUCUUGUCCUUUGUAUCCAGAAUCAGAUUACAUUGUAGAAGAUAGAAGGUGAAGAUGAAGUUCUUGCUCCAGGACCUGGGGACCACCUGGUAGAUGACCUGGUAGAUGUCAACACUGGUCUGAGUCCUGCCUUAUUAGCAGAAGGCACCAGCACGCAUCCACAACAGUCGUCAUCUCACAUUUUAUUAACAGCUUGCUAGCAAAGACGUUUGAAAGUGAAAUUUCAUUCGCACUGACAUGAGGCCAGGAAAAAAAAAAAAAAAAAAAAAAAAA